AUGUUUUAUCAGCGCUCUCUCAGGGCUGAAGGUUCCCCAGUUUCAUAUGAAUUUUAUACCUCUUUCAAAGAUAUAACAUUUCGAAACUACAUUAAAAAAGGUCGCUCAGAGUUUGCAGACUCAUGCCAUCAAUGCAGAACAAAGUCUGAUUUGAAAAAGGUGCAAUGUACAGCGAUUAGGAAAUACACAGGAAUGCGUUGCAGUUUUAAGUGGGAUAAAUCAUGCCUGCUAAAGUACAACCAAAAGCUCAAUGUUGCAUUAAAUAAUCCUAAAUGGCGUUGUCCAGUCUGUGAAGGUCGAUGUGAUUGUUCUCGAUGCCGAAUCAAGCGAGGCCUUAGACCUUAUGGUAAUUCCUGGCGAAUUAUCAGGUGUACGGACACAGACGAUGAAGAUGAAGAUAUUAGUGGUGAUAAAAGUGUCUCUAUUGAAUGUAACGAAGACGGUAAUAAAGCUCAAGCUGCGCUGUUUGUGACAAAACCAAUUGUCCGUGAACGACGAAAGACUGCUAUUUAUAACCGCAAAUAUAACUUUUCUAGAUCGAUUGAAGUUCCAAAAGAAAACAGUAUGGAUCAUUCAAAGAAGGCUACGUAUUCAUUAAAAAAGGAGACACGUCCCUUAAAGAUCUUAAUUAAGAAUUCUUUAAAGUUAGAUUCUAUAUUAGAUCAAAAGAUGAAAGAUUUGACAAUGAAGAUAUCUCAAUAG